GAGAGAGAGAAUUGAGAGUGCGCCACAAGUGCACAGCACCUCUCUGUAACUCUGCCUCUCUCUCUCUCUCUCUCAUUGCAUCUCCCCAAACCCUCACCCCUAGGCUCUGCUGUCUCCAAACCCCUCCCCUCAGUUCACACUUAGGCCAGUGGCAGCGGAACCCUCCCGGAAUACCGCCUCACCUCGCCGGUAUACUGCCUUCCCCAUCAUGAUUUAAUGGGUCCCCCGACUUCAGCAGCUGUCGUCCUCCUGGCCUUCUGCAUCUCCGCCAUCUCAUUCCUCCUCCCCACCGGCGAGGCCGCCCAAAACCUGCUGGAGGUCGUCUACCAGGGCUGCUCUAGCACCACAUUCCCCAAGAAUGGCGGGUUCGACCAGACGCUCACCUCACUCUUCAGCACCCUCACCUCGCAGGCCUCCCAAAGCCGCUUCUACAAGACCUCCGCCGGCUCCGGUGACCACGCCAUCUCUGCCCUCUUCCAGUGCCGCGGCGACCUGAGCAACGGGGACUGCUCCGACUGCGUCAAGCGGCUCCCCGAAGAGGCCAACCGCCUUUGCGGCCCGACCACCGCCGCGAGGGUGCAGCUACAGGGGUGCUACCUCCAGUAUACCGCUGGCGACCCCAACCAGGUGUCCGGCACUGAGCUGCUCUACUCCAAGUGCGCAUCUUCGCGGGUGACAGAUUCGACCUUCCUCCAGAUGCGGCAGGCGGCCUUCUCCGACGUGCAGAACGGCAUCCAGGGUGGGAGCGGCUUCUACACCGUCGACGAUGGCGGUGUCUAUGCUCUGGGGCAGUGCGAGGGCGAUCUUUCCAUCUCCGACUGCGGCGUCUGCUUGAAAUCCGCCUUCCGGGAGAUCGAGAAUCGCUGCGGGGGGGUGAAGUCCGGCCAGGUUUACCUCUCUCGUUGCUACGCGACAUACGCGUACUACCCCGAUGGUGGCGCCGGUGGAUACGGCAACUACGGCGCCGGAGGAGGUUCGUCCGGCCACGCGCAGCAGACGGGGAAGACGGUGGCAAUUGUGGUGGGGGGUGCGGCUCUGCUGUUCUUCGUGUUCGUAUGCCUUUGCUUUGUCAGGUCCCUCUGGAAGAAACAUGAUGAUUAUUGAGACGAGGAAGGUGAGAAAGGGACGCCGAGGACUUUGAGGUGUAAUUGUGGCAUCUCAGGUUCAUUACAGAGUGAGAAGAGAAAGGAUUGAAGGGCACAAGUUUUGGUAUUUAUAUUUGAUGAAAAGCACUAGGGGAAUGAUUGAUAUAUUGUAGAUUGUAUUCUUUUGGAAGAUCUUGUUGUUGGGGGAGGAGAGAGUAGCAGAGAAGAAUGAAAACGCUUCUUUUUUCAUUUCAGUGGGUGGAUGAACAUCUGGGGUUCCCCGUUGUCUCACUCUCUCCGGAGAGCGGCAUCAAUAACAAGUGUUGCAAAUUUUGUGGCCUGAGAAUCUUGUUAAUGUAUAUGAAUCCAUCUUCUCUCUC